AUGGGUGAUAUAUCCAAGAGCACCCAAAAGAGCACAUCACGCGUCCUGGCUGCGCUGGAUUACUCCAUGCCUUCUUCCUCAAAUUAUCAUACCACUAUCCAAACAUCCCAAAUUCUCGGCAAGCGUAAAUCCGAGUCAAAUACCUUUCCUGUGUCGCCAGUGACUCUCCCAGACGUCGAUUCAACGAUUCAUGUACCACACUCACAAUUUAACAAGCCUGUGCAUGCGACUGGCGCUUCAUUACAAGGUGCUUCAUCUAGAGCUGGCAGAUCUCAAUCAAGAACCAAGAACAAUAUUCAAAGCAAGCUCAUUACAUCCGGCUUCUCUCUGAGAUACGACAGCGAAACUCCUGCUACUCGCAUUGAUCAAGGAGGCCCUGAUCAAGAACAGAGAUUGGCAGAAUUCGUUUAUAACUCUAUUGAAAAUCUUGGAGAUAGACGGUCUGUUAAGGAUGCUAUCCGAAACCUCGGUCUUCAGAGUGACAAGGAUCUCCUCCCCGGUCUCGAAGUACGGCUUUUACCUCACCAGCUCAUCGGUGUCAACUGGAUGGUGGACCAAGAAAAAAAGUCCCCUCACAGGGGUGGUAUCUUAGCAGAUGAAAUGGGUCUUGGCAAGACUGUCCAAAUGAUUGCCACAAUGGCAGCCAAUUUGCCCAGGGACACUGAUGCUGUGAAGACCACGCUCGUCGUCGUUCCCGCUGCGCUCCUUCAACAGUGGAAGGAGGAAAUCGAGACGAAGUCGAAUGACUUAUUUACCGUUCAUAUACAUCAUGGACGGGAUAAGCUUUCCACCCUGAUGGACGUCAGAUCUAAAGACGUCAUCAUCACUACAUAUCAAACCCUGAGCACGGAGCUUACUAUUCCAAAAGACAUCGAAGAAGGCGAUGAACUGGCAUAUCUUGAGGACCACGGAGGGGUACUUAGUCGCAUGAGAUGGUAUCGUGUGAUUUUAGACGAGGCCCAAUUUAUUCGAAACAGGGGAACGCAUGCUAGCCGCAGUGUAGCUCUACUUCGUUCAACUUAUAGGUGGAUGCUUACAGGCACACCUGUCACGAAUACACUUUACCCAACUAUUCCCAGUGCUGACAUAUAUGGGCUUAUUCGCUUUGGGCGUUUUCGCCCUUGGAAUGACUGGGAGUCAUUUAAACAAUAUAUUGCAAAGGUGCAGCAAGAGGAUGCGCCGCUUGCGGCAAUGCGAGCGCAGGAGAUUCUGAAGCCCCUGUUGCUUCGUCGCACAAAACAAGCUAGAUUGGAAGGAAAACUCAUUCUUCAGCUGCCCCCAAAAAACAUUGAGCUCGUGACUCUUGAAUUCUCAGCAGACGAGCAACAGCUGUAUGAUGAUUUCGAAAAGAAAAGCCACAUUCAAAUCAAUCGCUUCAUCAAAAGAGGGACGUUGUUGAAGAAUGCAACUUAUAUCUUGGCGAUGAUCCUCCGGCUUCGGCAGCUGUGUUGUCAUCCGAACUUAAUCCUGUGUCACACAGAAGAGCACGAGGACCCCUCCAUACUCAUGUCCGAUGACAAGGGAAAGGAGUUUGCGCGAGCAAUCCGAGUCAUGGGGUCGGCCUGGGUCGGCGAUAUCAAGAAGAGGUUCAUGACACGCGCACUAGAGAGUAAUCUACUCGCAUUCUCGGAUGAGGAGGGCGCAGAUGCAACAUGUCCUGUCUGCAAAGAUCUGUACGUCAACAACGCUGGUCGUGUCCUUACCUGUGGCCAUGAGAUUUGCUUUGAUUGUAUGCUCAUACUUUCAAAUUCGCCGAUUACCCAUGACGGAGAAUUUGGUCAUGGAAAUGAGAAAGAAAAUCUCCGUGCCGAACGUGAGUAUGAAGCUGCUGCUGCGAAAGGUCACCGGCCUUGUGCGUAUCCCUCUUUUCUUCGUCACGCUGUACUCUCGCUCAUUCGCGCAGGCCCUACGUGCAAGAAGAUGAACGACCCAACGAAGGUGUUCAAGUCCAUUGCAUUCGAGCCAGAGGAGGAUGAAGUCGAGGAGGCAAAUCGCGCUCGUAAGCACGCUCGCCGGGUUGUGCAAGAGAAGCCCGUGCGCCAGGGUACAGUUUCAAGUGAAGAGUCAUCUGACUCAGAUUCGGAAAUCGAGUUAUCUGUGCCUUCACGCUUCAGGGGUGCGACGCCAGAGGUCGACAGCUCCGACGACGAUAUGCCAGACUUCUCACAGCUAUUCGCGAAUGGAGGAAAACUCAAGAAGAAGGACAAGAAGGCAGCGGGGAAUAAACGAUCGCGCCAGCAGUCUGGAAACGACGAAGUGCUUGAUUUGACUGUGGGUGAUGUGUCGGAUUACCUUGAUGGUUCCGACAUUAAGCUCGGAAGGGGGCAUGCCGUGCGGUCCUCGAAGAAGCACUAUGAUAAUGGAAAAGGGAAAGCACCCAUGAGGGACGACGAGGAGAAACCUCCAUCGCAAAGUGCAGAGAAGGCAAAUUUGGAAGUCCCUGGCGCCCCUUCCGACGCACUUAUUGCCAUGUGGCGAAAAGGUGAUUACGACCUGGAACCAAGUACGAAGAUGCUCGCCCUCAUCAAUUUCCUCAAGUCAUGGGACGAGAGCGGGGACAAGACAAUCUGCUAUUCACAGUGGACCUCGAUGCUUGACCUCAUCGAAACGCUAUUCUCGCGAUAUGGGAUCCGCAGCCUGCGGUAUGAUGGUUCCAUGAACCGGAUAUCGCGGGAUAAUACCCUUGCGACAUUCAAACGACCUGAUGGACCCAAGGUCAUCCUCAUCAGCACGAAGUGUGGUAGUGUAGGUUUGAAUCUGGUUGUGGCAAAUCGCAUCAUCAAUUUGGAUCUAUCCUGGAAUUAUGCGUCCGAGUCACAAGCAUACGACCGCGUACAUCGUCUGGGACAAGAGAAAGAUGUCUUUGUCAAGCGACUUGUUGUCAAAAAUACGAUAGAGGAGCGAAUGCUCCGCCUUCAGGAGGUUAAAAGUGACCUUGCGGAUGCCGCGCUCGGCGAGGGCGCGGGAACGAAGCUACAGAAGAUGAGCGUUAAGGAAAUCAAGACUUUGUUUGGGAUGAAAACUUAA